CAUUGACGUGCACGGCUCCUACUCGUCACCACAACGACGACAUUGGCCCUUUCGGUGAUCAGCGCCGUUCUCCUUAGCCACCGCCAGGCAUAUCUUCGACGCGCCAUUCUGUCUUUUUGCCUCCCCCCGCUUUCCCAUUCUCUUCACAUUUCGUCUAACUUCCACUCAAAAGUACUGUUGGGGACGCUUGGUCUCGGGCCGGUCAGCCCCAACAACAACAAGCUGACAAACUGGCGGUGACAUCUUCAACGGUUGUCCGGGCCUCGGAUCAGCCUCAGUGCAACCGAGAGGGUCGCAACGGACAAGAGGCUCAAAAUCAAAAUCACUCUACGGCGCCUGCUGAGCCCCCGAAGGCUGAGGACGAGACGCUUUGCGUUGGCCAAAACUCCCCCAGGCUCGCCCACACGCCGCCAGUUGCCGAGAUACAGAACAGUCAAUGGUUGCGCUCUCAAGAUCACGAAACUGCAGGGGAACAGGUUCCGAUGUCGCAGAGGGGUCGCGCGCCUCACUCUACGACCCGCCUCUCCCCACAGUCUCCCCGAGCACCAGCGGCAGCGGCAGCGGCAGCGGCGUCGACCGAUCAAGCCUCGGUAGCUCGAGACGAUACCGGGAAUACGGCGUCUCAAGAUCAGGGUCCCAGUCCCGGCCAGUCUAUUGGAGACCAACCGAGGCCAGUUUCUUCACGGUCACGAUCGCUAGGCAUUCAUGGCCUGAUUAACCCCCCCGAAAUGUCCGCCUCCGAGAGACGGCACGUCCCCGACGCCAGCUCGACACCCGGAGGCGGCUAUACCCGACGCGGGACCUCCACGGCAAGUUCUUUGCGCCCCGUGUUCCCCGGCCAGAGUCCUGGUGGGCAGCAGCCGCCUGAUUCCCCUGCGACUCAUUCUACCGGAACGCCUCGCGGACACAAUCCGGCAGAGAACUACUCUCCGGUUGGCGCCUAUCAUCUCCCGGCACUGAAUAACCCUCGACGCAUUCUGAGCCCCAAACCCCCUCGGCCAUCAUCGGGACUGCCGAGAAGCGACAUGAAUGCCACAGGCAACCAGCCGCCGCGUCUACAGCCUGCUGCCCCUGCCACGAAGCGGCCGCUGCCGGCAGAUCUAGGAGGUCAGUCGGAAUCUCCGCCCGGGACAGGCUUGCCUUUCUCGGGCCCCCAGUCUUCCUUCGGUCGACCGCCCAAUGCCAUUACAACACCACCACGUUCCCUGUCGCAACCGAUCAUAGGCCAUAUGCCACCGUUCGGACCGGGGGGGCCUUCUUUCCCGGGCACACCGCAACCACGAGAUAUUCUAGCCGGAGCACAGGGGAUCCCCGGGAACGCAGCAUCGCCUGCGCCUUCUCAGGACAGGUCAUUCUCAUCCGCCGCGUUGCCCGGCAGUGGGCCGCCUGGCAAGUUCGGACGGGGGAUGGGGACGCCAACAGAGCUAUACCGAAGCCUGAGUUUGGGAGUAGGCGUGGAGACGAGCGACGGUCAGACGAUACUCCGAAUGCAGCCGGGGCACGACGGGGAGACGUUGGAGAUACCGGUCGAUCGUCGGCUUGCCUCCAAGGCGGCCGAUCAAAAACGACACAAGAACGCGAUAGCUUCACAGCAACACCGGCAGAGAAAGAAAGAGAAGGAGCAGACGAUGGAAGUUCAGAAUCGAGAGCUCGAGGCUGAGAAAAGGGAGCUCCAGGCCGAACUGCAUGAAAUGACCCGGCAAAGGGACUACUAUCGGGCGGAACGAGACCGGUUACAAGACUUGGUCCUCCAGACGCCGCUGCGAGAGCAAGCGGCAGGACCACCGAGCCCGGCGAGCUACCCGGGCUCGUUCCGGGUGGAGAGGGGCACGCCGGUACAGGGCGCGGCUCCCCAGGCAUCGAGCGAAUCAUCGGGGGAAAGACCGACACGGCGACGUCGGACUGGUGGCGCACCGCAGUUCACAACGCCAAACUACGGGACGCCAACGCCCACGGCUGCGCCGGCCAAUCUGCCGCCGAUAGCUAGGCAGGCGUACGAAGGUGGGCAACCAGCAAGCCAUCCCGCACAGUCGGAGGACAGACUACCCCCGCUCCGGACGAUGGAGGGUCAGCGUCAGCUAGGACCUCCCGGCGCUGACGCGCCGUUCGCUUCACGUCCCGGUGGACCCCCGAUGUAUACAAACUAUGCUCGAGUCGAGACGGGAUGGGCUAGUCAACCGCCGGCGCCAGGUCACCCACAUCCGGGACAACCGGCACCUGGUGGGUACGGUGGCCCCCAAGGUCCUCCACCUCCGAGCGGGCCAUCCCGACCGAGCGGACCGAGGUGAAGCAAGGGGACUGCGCAAAGGGCUGGAGACGUCGAUGUGGAAACUGGGAGCAAUACCGGUAAAAUGAUGAACCGGGUCAUAUCUCGUCCUUUCGCUCCUUCUGUAUG